AUGGCCUUUGCCGACUUCAUCGAGACGGUCAACGAGCAAGCCGGAGAAAUGGUGGUGGCCUUCUUUUUCCGGGCCGAGUGGAACGACAGCAGGGUUCGGGAUGUGUCCGAGAUCCUGCAUGACAAGCCUGGCUAUCGGAAAGACAUGCUGCCUAUGUCCGGUAGGCUCAAAGAGACCCUGUGGGUGCCCGACCUUUACAUGCCGAUGGCCAGGCGAGUUGUCAUCCCAACCAUUCACGAGCCGGCAGAGAGCGUGACAGUCAUGAAACAUGGAAGCGUUGCGUACUCAGCCUUCUUCGUUAUUGCUCUCAAGUGCGAGAUGGCCUACGUCGACUAUCCAAUGGACGUCCAGUCUUGCUUUUUGGACGUAAUGAGCUACAAAUAUUCCCUGUCAGAGAUGGAGCUCAAGUGGCACCCCGACAGCCUCCAGGGACAUACGGAGAUCGUCACCAAACAUUUCCGCGUGACCAUUUCCAUCCCGAGGGUGAACAGCUCCUACAUAAUUGAGAAUGCCGACGGCAGCAAACGGUACGUCAUCCGGCUGCAGAUUUUCAUGAAGCGCCACCUGGCGUUCCACCUGGUUCAGACCUACCUGCCGUCGGCCAUGCUGGUGCUGAUCGGCUGGCUGUCGCUGCUGGUGCCGCUCGACUUUGCCUACGGCCGAAUGGUGCUCUCGGUCACCACGCUGCUGGUGCUGGUGUCCAUCUUCGUCACCAACAGCCAGAUGGCUCCUGGCGUGAACGAGGUGAAGGCGCUCGACAUCUGGCUGUUCAUGUGCAUCAUAUUCGUGUUCUCUGCCAUCGUGGACUGCAUCGCCGACCUGCGCUUCCUCUCGAUGGUGGAGAAGGAGUCGCAGAUCGCCGGCGAGGAGCGUCCCGAGGCCGAGCUGGCGCCGGUGGUGGACGAGCGUGCCUCGUCCGCCAGCCCGGUGGGCCAGCGCCAGUCGCUGGCCGGCGGCGGGUCCAGUGCAUACAUCCGCUUCCACGGCAGCAACACGCCGUUCCAGGCGGACAAGGAGGUCCUCAUCGCUACGCCAGCGGUGCUGAAGUGGCUGCGAAUGGCAGUGUUUCUGGAGAGAAGCAUGACGAUCGUUUACCCCACGCUGUUCAUCCUACUGGUGGCCAUCUACUGGUCAAUCUUUUUAACGUCCUACAACUCACAGACAGCCGAAUCGCGGACGGCGGACCAGUGGUGA